GCGUAACGCAUGCGCCACAUUUAUGUUGUUGUUUGUGGCGGUAAGAUGGCGGCGCUCGGAGACACCUCAGCUCCGGGGGUGAACGGGUUAAUACAACAAUUCACAGCAAUUACAGGGGCCACAGAGAGUGUAGGAAAACAUAUGCUGGAAGCAUGCAACAACAACCUGGAGAUGGCAGUGACCAUGUUUCUGGACGGGGGCGGGAUUGCAGAGGAGCCCAGCACCAGCUCCAGUUCAGCAGCUUCAAGCAGCAGAGCUCCCCCUUCAGAUGAAGUACGAGCACCCAUUCCCCAGAAGCAGGACAUAUUGGUGGAACCAGAACCAUUGUUUGGAGUGCCAAAGCGAAGAAGACCUGCUCGAUCUAUAUUUGAUGGUUUCCGAGACUUCCAAACAGAAACAAUUCGCCAGGAACAGUAGCUGCGUAACGGUGCCACAGUGGAUAAGAAACUGAGCACCCUGGCAGACCUUUUCCGUCCCCCCAUUGAGCUCAUGCACAAAGGCAGCUUUGAGACGGCAAAAGACUGCGGACAACUGGAGAACAAAUGGCUAAUGAUCAACAUUCAAAAUGUUCAGGACUUUGCCUGCCAGUGCCUCAACAGGGAUGUUUGGAGUAACGACGCAGUAAAGACCAUCAUCAGAGAACACUUUAUAUUCUGGCAGGUAUAUCAUGAUAGUGAAGAGGGACAAAGAUACAUCCAGUUCUAUAAGCUGAACAAGUUUCCCUAUAUUUCCAUCCUCGACCCUCGCACCGGUCAAAAGAUGGUGGAGUGGAACCAGCUGGACGUGGCAUCGUUCCUGGAGCAGGCGACCGGUUUCCUGGCAGAGCACGGGCAGCUCGAUGGGCCAUCCUGCCACGCACCCCCUGCCAAACGAGCUCGCUCUGAGAGUCUGAUUGAUGCCAGCGAGGACAGUCAGCUGGAGGCGGCGAUCCGAGCCUCCCUACAGGAGACCCACUACGAGUCCUCAAAUGCCCCUGAAGUCCCCGAUUCCCCCCGAUCAGAUGACGAAUCGGAUGCAGAGCCUUUCUCUGACAGCGAGGGUCCCAUCUCUGUCGAUGGCUCAGACAGCGAAAUGCCAGUACCCUUCGAAGAGAAAACUUCUACCAGCAAACACACGCCGCUCCCUCCGGCCACUGCGGCCCAGCAGCGUCUACAUCCCGAUAGUUCCACUUCUUCCCACAGAAAGUCUCCGCACAAAGAAAACAACCACAGUCACAAGAAAGAGGAGAGUAAAAAGAACCACCUGGAGCCGUCUGCUGCUGGUCCUUGUCAUCCUCAGCCUGACUCAGAUUCCGGAGGGAACCACUGUACCCCAGCGGCCAAAAACGCUGGACCUUCCAAGACCAGCACCACUGAAACUAGUGACGUUGACUGUCCUGAUGACAACGGUCCCAAAGCCAGGUUGAUGCUCCGUUACCCAGAUGGACAAAGAGAGCAAAUUUCCUUGUCUUCUAAAGCAAAACUUUUGGCCCUCGUAAGACAUGUCCAAUCCAAGGGUUACCCCAAUGAACGCUUCGAACUCGUCACCAACUUUCCCAGAAGGAAGCUCGCCCACUUGGACUAUGACAUCACGCUGCAGGAGGCGGGGCUUUGUCCACAGGAGACUGUAUUUGUGCAGGAGAGGAACUAGCCUUGUCAGACACACUCACUUCUGCUUGUCUGUAUCUCUCUGAUAGACCUCACCCUUUCACCAAUGAUCUGGGACGAUGUUACUGGCCUUGAUCACAUAACCUUCUGUUCUCCUGGAUUUAGGCCCCAUUUUGGCCAACUCGUAGUGGACUACUUUCCCUGCCACUCCACUAUUCUGAAUACUGACGUCCCUACCUACAGCCUAAUCCCUUUUUAGUGCUCUACAAUUGGUCAGUAAGGUAUUAGGGAUGCCAGCAUUUUUUUUUAAUGUGAUUUAUUCUCAUCUGAUACAGGCUUUAUUUUGUUCUGAACACUGAGGCACAUCAGGAUAGAAUAUAUAAAGCUCAUUCAAAUAACAACCCAAAUAAUGGAUCACUAAUUGAUCAUGAGGCAACAGAGACUUGUACAAAAAGGACUUUUACCUCCUGGAAAUGACGUAAAAUGUCAGACUCUAUUUUCUAGCUCUUGUUAUUUUCUGUACCUGGGGACAGGUAAAGGGAGGCUCAUUCGUGUUUAUUUUGACCCAAAUUUUUUCUCGCACAUGUUUGAACAAUUGUAAUUAUUUUGAAGGCAGGGGGCACUAAGAGAAACGGUCCAAAAAUUCCAAGUCAAGAAAAUGUAUUGGACACCUGCGACACCCCCGUUUCGAUUUGAGAGGAUUUGGGUUAAUCUGCGCAUUUUUACUCAAGUUUCUCUUGGCUAAUUAGAGACUAGUCAGGUUGUUUUUGGAUUUCAACUUUUGAUACAGAAGGGGAUAAAUUAAAGGUGGUACAUCUCAUCAGUCGGACCUACACUGUACAGAGAUGGCUUAGGGAGAGACUGGUAUUUAGCUGUCAUUGUUUCCAUUCUUUUUUUAUAUGCUGCCAAGAAAAUAUGCUGAUGUUGAAAUAUAACCAUCAAAACCAAGGGAGGUUCUGCUUGGUCUUUUGUUGCAUUUUAUUUUAAUUAACUGGUUUGUCCUUUAAGUUACCUUUGCCGUCAGGAUGUGAAGAGACACACGUCAUAGGUUAUAACCAAUAUCUAAAGAAGUAUAGAAAACAUUUUAUAAGAACAGGAAAGCAGCAACUCAUGAGAAUCAAAUGCAACAACUUAGAAAGCCAAUGUAUAGAGGACUUUAGAUGGCAACGCAUGUCAAAGGCUGUGUUAUUCCGUUAUAAAGAUUUGUUUCAGUAUGCACCUGGCUAGUCCCUAAUAAGGUUUAUUUAAUCAAAUUAUGCUAAGAAGGCUUAUUUAGUGACUUCAUAAUAUAAUGUUUUCUUGUUAGUUGCUAACUAGGCAUGCAUGUCAGAUUGCCUGAUGUGUUGGCAUUUACGACUCCAUCAAAGACUGGCAAUAUUUGGUAAAUGAAACACAUGGCAACAGCUGUAUUAGAAUGAGGGAAUCUCAGCCACCUCAGAGUUCAAACAAGUGCCUCAACACCUGAGAAGGGAUCGGGAGGGAUGUUGUCGGGAGCACAUGGUUAUAGUUUUUAUUAAGCUACCAUAUGGACUUUAAUAAGAUGACAUAUGGACAGUUGGGGGCAGUAAUAUGCCUUCAAUAGCAACAACUCUCUAAAUAAGGUGAAGAAGAAUAAGAAAGCCACAAGCCAGUGUAAAUAGCUGAGGUUUGAAAAUAUUUAAAUGAGCUUUGGAAAUGUUUUAUGAAGUGUUCACUUCAUGUUUUGGGGGGACAAACAUUCACAAGAAAACUUCAGUGUACUUUUGAAGUUACUGCAGUUGGUCCUGGGGAGGAGCUGUUUUCCUUUUCCGAUAAAUUUUUCUAGUGUAUUUAAUUUUUUUUACCAAUCACUGCAGUCCUGGAAUAAUGGAGGUCAAGUGACUGCUGCCAUGUCAGUUUACUUACGUGGUGAAAUGUCUGCUUCUAUCACAUGCCGUUCAAAUGCAUUUUUGAUUACAGACAUUCACGGGCCUCAUAAAGGAUUCAUUUAAAUGUUUAUGUUCCAAGUAACUAACUAUUAACAGCAAUAUCAAGAACUGAGUGACUGGAUGAACACACUUUUGUAGAGAAUAUGGGAUUGGAUCUUACACCCGUGACCAGUUGUUAUUGUAAGUUGUGGACAAACUGUUCUCACUUUGAAGUUAAAAUAGGAUCACAGUUUCUUAUUCACCUAUAAAUACACUGGUCUGGUAGAGCCUCUAAUGUUGUCUCUUUUUUUGAUAUACAGUAAGGAAAAAUAGGAACAUGUGACCAGUGCUACAGUAAUUAGAAACAGCAAAUUCAGUUCCAUAUGUAUUUCGUCUGUUGAUCACUUUCAGUGUCAGGCCUUAGGAAAUAGAAACGUGUCAUUGGUCAGCAUUUUGCCAUUUUAAUAAUUUUUUUUUAAUAUUCACCUUUGGAUGAGGCCCCCAUCUGAUAAUAAUAAGAGUGUCUGUAUGGGGCAACGGUUAAGAGUUCAAAGAAAAGGGCUUGCAGCUGUACAAACAGAUGAGGACAGACUCUGUCACUGUCCUCACUGUGUGGGUAUGACAGAACAUAUGGGGCAUUCCUUCACCACUUGUAUUUUAGUGUCGUAGACGAAAGAAGAGUGAGUGGAAAUGUGCUGGCAAAUGGCAAAAAAAUAUAGUAGUACUGAACCCUUUUCCCCCUCUUAAUUUAAAAAACCCCAAAAACAUUGAAAUGCUGUAUUUGCCCUGAUCAGCUGCCUCAGAUACAGAACAAAAGGCCGGUCACAUCUGACAAAGAAGGCAAUAGAGAUAUCUAGGUAUCCUUUACACAAUAGCAUCUGGAAUUUACAGGUCAAAAUGUCAGUGAACUAUCUACAUUUCUAUUGUUUACAUGUGAAGCUUGUUCUGAGCUCUUGUGUUCUAAAAACAUUUCAGACCAAGCUGGAAAAAGCUGAGAAAGUUGUUGAGGUUAAAUGUUUCCACCUGACAGCGAUACCCUGAUACUUAAAUGUAUUCAUCAGUGCUUAAAGGUUACUAGGGUAACCAGGACAGCGGCCCUCAGACCUUUUGUCUGUUGCAUAAGGAAGGAUGUUGACCCCAGUCAUCCGUGGACCUUUCAGCUGGUUCUCAGAAUGAAGUCAAUGGAAGUUAAUGUAUGAUCAGUGAGCCAUGUGGACGAGUUUAAAGGGGAACUCAAUUUUACACACAAAGUUUACUUUAUACUACUCAGCCUCUUGCGUAAUCUCCUCUGUUGCUCUGCAGGAGCUUUCCAAAGUUUGAAAAGAUCAUCUUUAGCGUAGCUGUGUCUGUGUUACAAACUGGAGGUGUGGAGUUAGAAAGAUGUGGGCAUUUUAAGAGGCAAAUGGAGUCUAAUGAAAUACUGUUGAGUUGCUUUAUGGGAAAUGUAGGAUCCAGUGUUUCAAGAGCUAAAGGCCAGGAAAUCUCGGCCUCUGCUGCGUACAUUUUGAUCAUUCAUUUUUUAAAAUGUCUCUUGUGAGUCCCCCAACUUUAUGGCAGUCCAAUACAGCAUCACUACAUUGUUGAAAUACCUGUAAUAAAUGCAGUUGACAGGAGCCUGCAGUUUUGUGGAUGGAAGAAUUGAAUCACCAGACUGGCUGGUGAAAUCUGGAUGUGAAAUCUGGACAGGUGGAUGUAACUAUAAAUAAAAAGGAUUGCUUUUGUACUCAAAGUCAAAUGCACUGUGUUCAAACAAAGUCAAAGACCGAAUAAACUAUGAAUUUUGA